GGUGUUAAUGAUAAAGUCAACAAAGAUAAUCCAGUUAACACUAUAGUUAACAAUACAUCUAGUAAAAUACCAGAAACGGUCGAAAACGUUGAUAAUAAAGUCAAGGGUGUUAAUGAUAAAGUUAACAAAGAUAAUCCAGUUAACACUAUAGUUAAUAAUACAUCUAAUAUAAUACCAGAAACGGUCGAAAAAGUUGAUAAUACAGUCAAGGGUGUUAAUGAUAAAGUUAACAAUAGUAUAAUACCCGAUACGGUCGAAGACGUUCAUAAUGCAAUCAACAAUACAGUCGACAGUGUUAAUAAUACACUCAACAAAGAUAAUCCAGUUAACACUAUAGUUAAUGAUACAAUACCUGAUACGGUCAAAGACGUUCAUAAUGCAAUCAACAAUACAGUCGACAGUGUUAAUAAUACACUCAACAAAGAUAAUCCAGUUAACACUAUAGUUAAUGAUACAUCUAGUAUAAUACCCAAUAAGGUCAAAGACGUUAAUAAUGCAAUCAACAAUACAGUCAACGGUGUUAAUAAUACACUCAACAAAGAUAAUCCAGUUAACACUAUAGUUAAUGAUACAUCUAGUAUAAUACCAAAUACGGUCAAAGACGUUAAUAAUGCAAUCAACAAUACAGUCAACGGUGUUAACAAUACACUCAACAAAGAUAAUCCAGUUAACACUAUAGUCAAUAAUACAUCUAAUAUAAUACCCAAUACGGUCAAAGACGUUAAUAAUACAGUCAACGGUGUUAAUAAUACAGUCAACAAUGUUAAUCCAGUUAACAAUUUAGUUAAUAAUACAGAUGUACCUGUAAACACAUCUAGUAUAAUACCCGAUACGGUCAAAGGCGUUAAUAAUACAAUCAACAAUCCAGUCAAUGGUGUUAAUAAUACAGUCAACAAUGUUAAUCCAGUUAACAAUGUUAAUAAUACAGUCAACAAUGUUAAUCCAGUUAACAAUGUUAACAAUACAAUCAAUAAUGUAGGAAAUGGUAUUCCUCCCGCAAAUCCACAACCUAACAGCAAUCCACCUGACAGCAAUCCACAACCUAACAGCAAUCCACCUGACAGCAAUCCACAACCUAACAGCAAUCCACCUGACAGCAAUCCACAACCUAACAGCAACCCACAACCUAACAGCAACCCACAAUCUAAUA